UGAUGGCUCGGUCUGGCUGUUGCCCCGGAAGCGGAAGUUGGCUGUGGUGCGGUUUCCGGUGGUCAUGUGAUGUACACUGGCUGCUGGUCUCACUGAGAGCCCGAGCGGAGAUGGGCUGCUGCUACAGCGGGGAGAACGACACGGGCAAGGGGGACCAGGGAGAACGGGAACAUCUGUUACCCCCAAACCAGACAAUUCCCAACAGGACACCAAAUGGGUCUGAGCCAAGUUCUAUCAAUAACCCAACAGCUCGUACUGAUGAGCAGGCCCUGCUCUCCCGUAUCCUGGCCAGGACGGCGCAAAACAUCAUUGAUGUAUCAGCCGUGGAAUCCCAGGGGAUGGAACAGCAUGAAUGUAUGGACAGAGCGAGACAGUACAGCAUGCGGCUGGCAAAGCUUAGUAACAAUCUAACACACUGGAAGAAGGUGCCCCCACUGCCCUCGCUUACAGCUCAGCCUCACCAAAUACUCGCCAGUGACCCCGUUCCAUAUGCAGAUGUACAACAGGUUUCUAAGAUAGCUGCUUAUGCCUUCAGUGCACUUUCACAGAUUCGAGUAGAUGCAAAAGAGGAUCUUGUCGUACAGUUCGGGAUUCCGUAACUCCAAUGCACAUCAAGCCUCUCUGCAACUUCCUUUCACAUAGUGCUCCCUUUUACUUUAUGUAGAUUUGUUUUCUCUUCGUUUAGUUAAACUUUGUCCUGGUUGCCAUCUUUUCCACCGCUCACAGUUUAACUCCUUUACCCCUUUCCCUUCUUUGACUAUUGCACUGAUCAUUCAUGUUCUAGCUAUUCUUUACCCUGAACAUUAAUUUCUGCAUCAUUUAAUCGGGCCUGCCUCUAAUUAUGUGCUGCGUAAUCUUUGCCAUGAGCAAACUGUUACUGUCUGUGUGGCAGAGACUAGUCUGAAGGAAAUAAGAUAAAAUAAGGUUUACUAGAAAUCGACUUAAGGGGGGCGGUAGCAUUGUUCACAAACCGUGAUAAUGGAAUUUUAGUAAAGAAUUUGUAUAUUUCAUACCCCAUCCUCGAAGAGAGGUUUGUAAUCCAGUGCAAUGAGUAGCACAAACAGUAACCCUCCAACCGCACCUUCCUAUACAGGAUCCAUUUAAUCUGCUGCGACCCCCGCAUGUAUCAGACACUGGAUGGGUUGUGGUCUUAUACCAGCUGUUUACAGUGUGCUUGGGCUCAGCCUUUCAAACCACCUAUUAACUUUUGCUGUGGAUACUUCUAUGUGAAAAUUGUACCACAACCUCUAAAGUGCCUCUGGAGUAUGUACAAUGUACUAACAAAGGUGUUGAGAAAGUCGUAGAACAUGUCUGAAUUUUACAAUUAAACCCACUUGUGUACAAAGUUC